GUAACACUGGAAGUUGACGAUUUGCUAUUCUCCAGCCUCGCAUUGGGAGAAAAUCUCCCAUCUUUAGCCUCAUCGUCCUCAGAGAUUGGCCAGGUUAUCCUUGCGAAUCAUCUCUCUUCUUCGGCAUCCUCGAUUGGAGCAGAUCGGACUCCGGAUUCAGAUAGUCUUCAACCCAUCCCCUCCCAUGAAAUACCUCUGAAUGAUCACACUUCGGCUUCCUCUGCCUCGUCUCGCACUCCUACAACUUUGGCUCACUCUGUGGGUGACAAGGUGCUUCUGAUUGGAUCUUGUAACCUGCAUGGUCGAUAUGGGGUUCCAAUUGGUUUGAACUUGAACUCAGGCCUAACAGGUGUAUUCAGUUUGUCGUCUGCUCGUAGAAUUCCGAAGUGGCAUGCCUGGGUGACUCAUAGAAAUUCUCCUGCCUAA